AUGUCACUCUUCCGCAACUGCAGGGCUGCCACGGCGCAAGCCCGUAGCUUCUCCUCUUCCUCCUGCCGUCGAGUCGGACCAGAGUCUCCAAAUUUCGUUGACGUCCCUCAAACAAUUCAGCCGGAUCUACGAGUGAAACCCCGAGUCAAGGGUACGCUGCCCGUUCCUCGAGAGCUCUUCCCUGCCCGCCGAGUAGACAAGCCGACCGAGGAAUACAUUGCUGCUGCGACACCACUCCCCUUGAAGGAGACUAAAAUCGACCCCAAUGACCCACACGCUGAAUACAAGGAUUGGAAGCGGCGAAUGGCCGACAUGAGGCGGCAGAAUCUUCGCGAAGGUCUCCUUGAGUUGCACAGCCGCAAGCAGCGGACUGACAAGUUCAUGGCGUACCGCAGCAUUCAGAGACAAAGAAAACGCGAACAAGUUCUUCGGCAGCCGGAAAGAGACGACGAGCGCUUGACUCGUCCCUCUGUUGUGCAGGAGAUGCUGCCUAAACAUACCCCGGUGCUGCCUGAUCCUGACAGAGAAGAGCGCCUUGCUCAGUCUCGUGCAAAGUUAGAGAGCAAGAAGGCUCGGGAUGAGUUCGAACGUCAGGAUUCAUUACAAGCGCUUUACAUGAAUGCUCGUACCUUUAUCACCACCGAGGCUCAACUUGCCGCCGAGAUCGAGAAGGUGUUCCCCGAGGGCGAGAACGAAGCGUGGCGCAGUGACCACCAGCAGGGUGAGAAUAUUUGGAACCUUGGUGUGCCUCCGACAGUGCAAAACAUUGUCAACGAUUCGAAGAAGAGCGAAGCAGCUCGCUGGGAUCUUAUCCAGGGCAGAGUCAAGAAGCUGGGAGAGCAGAUUACUGGAGGCAAGAUAUAA